UAAUAGGAAAAAAAUAAUUAAAAAAGAAUGUUACGUUACAUAACGUAUAAUGAAAAAAUAGAUUUCCACGGUAAGGUAAUAUUUUGGAAAGUCAAGCGAAUUUCCAUAUUAAUCUCGAGUGUGAUUCAAUGGACAAAGAUUAAAACUUUACUAACAUAUUACUGAAUACGUCAAGAAGAGUUUAAAACAAUUGAAAAUUAGUGACAUCCGUCAUUCUAUCAUAAUUAUUAAAUUCGAGAUAUGGGAAAACUAUUGAAGUCGUAAACAUGUUUGCAUUAGGUACAACAAUGGUAUUGGUGGAAAUAUUACGUGAAUGUAACGUAUCACAUAUCUUUUGAGCGAAAAUAAAUGUAAAAAGGUGUUUAUCUCGAUUCUGAAAAUAUAUUAAUUGUUUCGUAAUAUAAAGGGCGGACUUUCUUUAACUGGAAAUCAUAACGAUUUCGAGAUAACUGUCAAACAUGACUUUUUUAAUAUGAAAGUAAUGCUACGAAUGAAGAAAAUUGCAUUUAAUAUCAGAGAAAACAACCUUAUAACCUUUUGACACAUCAUGGCAAAUCCAGGUGACUCUAUUAUGUGUGGUGGUUUCUCAUUUUAUAAUAAUUUUGAUUCAGCCAAUUUAGCAAAAGUUGAACUAGUAAAAGUGCCAGAGACUUUUGAAAAGGAUGCAUGUGAAAUAGAGAAUAAAUCAAGCAGAAGCUCUAAUUCAGAAGAUGCUACAGAUUAUGAGUUUAACUUAUGGACAAAACAUGAUUGUCAUGGAACACAAUAUCAAAAUAACAACAGAACAUGGUUUUACUUCGGCGUUAAAGCUAGUACUCCAGGAGUUUAUAUAAAAUUCAAUAUAAUUAAUUUGAAUAAACAAGUUAAAAUGUUUAGUCAAGGAAUGUGUCCAGUUUUUAAAGUUGUACCUGGUCAUCUGCAUUGGGAAAGGAUCCGUGAUAAACCUACCUACACUUUGGAUCAAAAAGGAAGUGAUUUUACAUUGUCAUUUGUUUAUUUUGCUCCUGAAAAUCCAAAAGCUAUAACAUAUUUUGCAUUCACUUACCCUUUUUCUUACACCGAUCUACAAAAUUAUUUAAGAAGAGUCGAAGCAAGAAUAUUAAAGAGAAGUAUAACAUGUGCAGAUGAUGUUUAUUAUCAUAGAGAAUGUGCAAUAAAAUCUUUAGAGGGACGGAGAAUGGAUCUAAUAACAAUAAGCUCAUUUCAUAACAUAUCAGCGGAGAGAGAAGAUAGACUGAAUAAUAUGUUUCCUGAAAAAACUGAGGAAAGACCUUUUAAAUUUUGGAAUAAAAAAGUAAUUUUUAUUAGUGCGAGAGUCCAUCCAGGAGAAACACCAUCUAGUUUUGUUUUUAAUGGUUUCCUUAAUUUUCUGGUAAAUCGCGAUGAUAACAUUGCAAUUAAUCUUCGUCGCCUUUAUGUGUUCAAAUUGAUACCAAUGCUCAAUCCUGAUGGUGUAGUUAGAGGUCAUUACCGAAUGGAUACUAGAGGAAUAAAUCUCAAUAGAGUCUAUCUCAAUCCUUCUUUAAAAGAUCAUCCAACAAUAUAUGCUGCAAGAAAUUUGAUAAGGUAUUAUCAUCAUACAUAUCAGCUGCCAAAAGAGGACGAGAUUUCAAAUAUGUGUAUAGGAAACGGCGAAAAUACAUUAACUGUUAUUGAUUCCUCUUGUGCAAUUGCAAAUAUAGUACGCGAUACAACGACGAGAUUACUCCAGCAGGUAACACUUAUGUCUUUAGACGAAAAGCGUAAAGAUCAACCGGAAAUUUUUCAGGAAUGUGCAUCACCAAAAACAGAAUUGGAUGACAUACCUCAGGGUGGAGGAGAAGGCGUGUGUAAUAAAGCAGAAGAAAGUAAUAAUUCUGUAGAACUUAAGUCUGAUAAAAAGACUUAUACAGCUAUUGGUAUAGGACAAUUACCCAAAGAAGACUCUGGAUUAUAUUUAUAUAUUGAUCUUCAUGGUCAUGCUUCGAAAAAGGGUGUUUUCAUGUAUGGCAACUACUUUGAUAACGCAGAGGACACAAUAAUGUGUAUGCUUUUACCAAAAUUAAUGUCCAUUAACAAUCCAAAUUUUCAUUUUACUUCGUGCAAUUUUACAGAAAGAAAUAUGUAUAUUAUAGAUAAGAGAGACGGUAUGUCAAGGGAAGGAUCGGGUCGAGUGGCUGUAUAUAAACUCACUGGACUGAUACGUAGUUAUACUCUUGAGUGUAACUAUAAUUCUGGACGUUUAGUAAAUUCAAUACCUUCAAGAAUUCGUGAUGGUGUGAACAAAACCGUAACACAUAUGUUUGUUCCACCAAAGUAUACUCCAGCAGUUUUCGAAGCGGUUGGAGCAGCAUUAGGUCCUUCAAUUCUUGACCUGACAAAUAAUAAUCCUAACAGUCGACUGCCAAAUAGCCAAUAUCGUUCUUUAAGAGGUGUAAAGUCUUAUUUAAAAUUAGCAUAUGUGAACAAUGUUUCCUCGCCAAACGGCAAAUCUCUACAUAAGACAAUUUUUGACGCACUAUGCUUCUGGUGACAAUAGAUAAGUGCACUUACACUAAUACUACAUGCACUUGUGAAUUAUUUUGUGGAUGCGAGUAGUAGUAAGAAAUGCACACAUGUGUGAUUAAUGAUAUCUAUUUCUUUAGCAAAAAAGCAGAACAUAGUGAUUUAGAUGAUUCAACUAUAAAUCUCCGGCUGAUGGAGUCUUUUUAAAAAAAGAUGUGCAGAUUUUUAAACUAGAAUUUAGUAUCUCAUAAUUAAUAAAACGAAUGACAAUAAUUGUAAAUGUCUUUUGUAAUAAAUUUGUUGUUUAUUGCUCAUACAAUUUAAAAUGACAAAAUUAUAAAAUUAAUUGUUUUAUGUACUUCCUUGCUUUUAAAGGAAAAGAUACAAAAUACAUGUGUCUGUUAUGAAAACAAGUAUGAAUGUGUGUUGUACUGUCACAUAAAAUUACUAUUAAAGAUAAAUAUAUGUAUUGUAUAUAUUCUCAUAUAUAGCAUGAUAUAUAUAUAUAUAUAAGAAUCGUGGUACAUAUUUAUAUAUAUAUAUAAAUCAAGCUACCAUGCUUAACAAGCAUAAGAGAACUUAUAUACUACUUAUUGUCAUGUUUCUCAUUACUUAAUGUAAGUGUUGUUACUGAUCAAAAGGAGUGUUAUGUAUAAAUUCACAUAUACAAGUUUUUUAAUGUAUCCUAUUCUACACAUAUAUGUACACACACAUGAAUACAUAUACAUGUCCUAUUGUUUUAAUAAAUCUACAGUAUUUUUAGCAAUAAUUUAUUUA